AUGGAGAACGGUUCGUCCUCGGAGGGAAAAGACCCUUCGGCCUUCCUCAGCGAAAUCAUCGGCGCUCCGGUGAUUGUGAAACUGAACUCCGGUGUGGUGUACAAGGGUGAGCUCCAAUCAGUGGAUGGCUACAUGAACAUCGCUCUCGAGAAGACUGAGGAAUUCGUGAAUGGAAAACAUCGGCGUAGCUACGGGGACGCUUUUGUCCGAGGGAAUAAUGUGCUAUACAUUUCAGCUAGUUGA